UGCAAGCAGGGUCCCAAACAGAUCAAGGUUUUGAAAUGGCAAGCUAAGCAGGUGCUAUUCUCCAGGCCAGCAGCAGCAGCUACAAGAGAAGGAAAAGCAAAAUCCCAGACAUCAGCAACAGCUGCAACAAACUCCAGUAGUAUUAAAGAUGGUGAUGGUGAUGCUAAACCAUUGCCAAAAAGCAGUCCAACAAAGACAAAAAAGAGUGUUGAUGGAAAGAAAGAUAAUUCUGUGGGCACAACAGGUAUUAGUUCUAGGCCCACUUCUCCUUCCCAAACGAUGAAGACACGAUCAGCAACAAGAAAUCAGCAGUUGUCCUUGCAGGAAGCAGUGAAUGAAGAGGAAGGUGAACCUGUUGCUGAAGAUAUGGAAAAGGUGACCAGCCCCAAAGAUCAAGAAUCUCAGAGGACUGGUGGAGUCGUGUCAUUUUCUCUCAAGAAGGCCACCAAUAAAGUCACAACAGCAGUGCCUGUCUUCUCUCAGGAGAACCUGGACCAGGAAGAGGCAGAAGAGGUGGAAGUAAAGCCUAAAUCUGUGAUCUUGCCCAUUCCUGAACCAUGUCUUUCUCAUGAACAUUCAGUGGAUAAAACAGAGAAGACACAGGGUGAAAAUGAACAGAAGACAGAAAGCAAUGAACUGGAUGGGGUUUUGCAAGCUACAGAAGAGGAAAUCCCAAAGAUAAUAUCAGACGCUCAGAGUCAAGAGUUAGGAAAAUCUGCAAAAUCACUUAUGACUCCCAAGCUGCUAACUUCUUUCAUGAAAGUAUUUAGCAGCAAAGAUGAAACUCGUGUUUUGGAUUGGCCAGCAGAAAUGAUUCAGUACACCACAGCCUUGCCAAGCCUUUCUUACAGCUGCAACCCUCUGCACUUUGAUUUUUCACAACUGCUUUGUCCUCUGUCAUCUGUCCAGAAACUGGGAAUUACAGCUGAAGAUUCAGUGGGGGCUGUAGCAUCAUCUGCAGAAAUGGUAAACACAGCACCAGAAGACGAUGUUAAAAAUGAAGUGGAAGAUGAGAAAAGAAGAGAACAGCAAGUAGAGGAGGGCGAAAUGAUAGGAGAAAAGGCUGAAAAAACCAUCGAUGAAGGAAAAGAAAAGAAAACAAGUAAACGGAGAAGAAAGAAGAAGAAAAAGCAUAAGCACAGUAACAAGACAGAAGUCACAGAAGGCGAAGCUACAGGUGAGAAUAAAGGAGAAGAAACAAAGAAGAAGAAGAAGAAACACAGAAAGCGAAAACACAAAGGAGAAAAGACUGUUACUGUUUCUGAACAAACAGGUUUAUUGCAAGAUGGGGAUCAGGAAGCUAAGCCAGCCAAAGGUGAAAAAAGUAAACACCACCAGAGAAAGAGAUCAAAACGCAAGCAUAGUCACAAAGAGGCCAUCGAUACUAUGGUUGAGGGUGAUGAAAUCGGCGCAGGGAUUGUAAAUGAUGGCACUGCAACAGUUAAGAAACCCACCCACAAACGGUCAUCACGUAAGCAUAGAAAGAAACACCGUAGUCGCCGUGAUCACUUGCGCAAAGCUGCUGCAACAAGCACCAAGUCCAAGAGUGAAGUAACCACAGGAAGAAAACUCAAAGCCAACCAACCAAAAGUCAAAAUCGAUUACAUUGAUGAUGAAGAAGAAACAGAGCAGGUUGCAGAAGGCACUCAUACUGGUGAUGGAGAGCCUAAAGUAAAGCGAUUGAAGAAAAUGAAGGUGCCUCAGGUUAAUGCUGAAGAUGGCCUUGUAGAGGAGGCUGGCAAAGUUUCCAAACUGUCCAAAACUUCUGCAGGAGACCAAGAAUCCAGAGAUGAUAAACCUGCAUCAGAAUUAGGAGAAAAAGAAGCUCAGAAUUCUGAAGAGACCAAGAAAUCCAGCAUUACACCUGAUCUGGCAGCUGGAUCUUUAAAGUCACCCCAAGGAAACAAGAAGAGUACUAAAAGAGAUGGCAAUACUGACAAUCCAGCGAGUGCUAGAGGCUCUUCCAGGAAGCGACAGAUUAGCACUUCCAGUGCAGACUGUCAGACACCUAGCAAACAAAGCAAAACCCUAGCCCAUGAUGACAAGGGUGCAUCAUCAAACAAGAUGGAGGACACUUGGAGCAGGCUUGAAGGCAUCUACGAGAAUAAAAGUCAGGAAGCAGAGAGUAAAUCAAAAUGGGACACAAGUGACAGUGAACUGGAAACUUCUGACCCACUUGGAAAAGUGGUAAAUACAUCACGAGAGAGCAGGUCUGAUCAAGAUGAAGAUGCAGAAGAGACGUCACAUUUGGAAAAGUCCAUAGGUGGUCCAGAGGCAAGCAUGCUGACAGGGAAAAAACUGCAUGCUGAGGAAAAAGAACAUCAUUAUAGCCACAGUCGCCACUCUCAUAACAAGAAGUCAUACAGUUCAUAUGAAUCCAGUCGUUCCCGUAGCAGAGGCUCUCACUCACGAUCUAGAAGCUACACAAGGUCAAGGUCCUCGUCCAGAUCAUCACGAUCAAGAUCUCGAUCAUACCAUUCUUACUCUGAUUACAGUACUUCUCGAUCUCGAACACGAUCACAUUCAAGGAGCCGAUCCUCUCGAAGUUACUCAAGAGGAAGUUCACGAAGUCGUUCUUGGUACCAUAGAUACAGUCGCUCAUAUUCUUCCCACAGUGGAUCAAGUUACUCACGUUCACGUUCACGAUCAAGGAGCUACACUCGGUCACGCAGCUACACACGUUCUCAUUCCAGAUCACCAUAUAGCUCUCGAUCAUCAAGAAGCAAGUCCCGUUCUCACAGUAAAAUCAGUUCUCGCCGUCGUCAUCGACACAAGCCUCUUGUCCUCCCAAAACUAGAGCCUGCUAAGGAGAAAGAAAGCAAAACAAACGAUCCUACAGAAAUACCUUUACCAACAAGUGAAGACAAUGUUACAGAGGAAAAAGAAGACAAGAGCAAGCUUACAGACAUACCACUACCAACAGUAGAAGAGAAUGCUUCCAAUCCUGCUGUGGUAGACUCAACAGCAUCAACCUUAGGUAGCGCUGCAGUUGUUACAGGAACAACUAGCAUUAAAGAUGGUGAAUCUUCAGAAGAAGUGAAGCCCCUCCUGCCACCACCACCUCCUCCAUUAGGUACAGAUAAUCCUGGCCAUGGGGGUUCUCAGAGUAGCAUCCACGGCAGUCCUUCCAAAUCCACAAACCCAACCCAUAAUCCAGGUCCUGGUCAUGGUUCACAUAUGCAUCCUCAUUCUUCUCCAAUGGAUGGUCCCCCUCCUCAUUUUGAUGGACCUUCUCGCUUUGAUGGGCCAUUACCACGUAUGGGGCCAGGUAAUCCUCACCCUGGUAUGCCUCCUCGUCUUGGGCCAGGUUUUAGGGGUCCACCACCACCAAGAGGCAUGUUUCCACCUGGACCACAUGGUCCACUUCCAAGGAUUGGUCCAGGAAUGGGACCUCAUGGGCCAGGUCCAAGAAUGGGUCCUGGACCAAUGGGACCUAGGGGACCUCCUGGAAUGGGGCCACCUGGACCAGGCAUGGGGCCUCCAGGUCCAUCAAUGGGUCCACCUGGUGCUGGACCACGCAACAUGGGACCCCGUCCUGGACCUCAUGGACCACCUCCUGGACAUGGACCACCAGGACAUGGUCCAAGAAUGGGAUUUGGAGGACCAAGAGGUGUGGGACCACCUCCACGAGGAGAUAUGCCUCCACCAUUCCAUCACAGGCCUGGCAUGGGACCUCCACCUAGACAUGGUCCUCGCGGACCCCUUGGAUCUGGUGGCCCAGGAAUGCCACCACCUAGUAUGGGAGGUCCUGGGCCUGGAAAUUUCCGUGGUCCUCAUUCAGGGAUGGGGCCUCCACCUUUCCAUCCAUCAGGUCCCAGAGAUAUAGGUCCACCUAUUCAGCAGUCCCCAUCACAGCAGCAUUCUGUUUCCACCUCCUCUGUCAUGGAUCCUCAGAGUAAACCUCCAGAGCCACCCAAAACUGACCCAUCUACCCCACCUCCUCCACCACCACCACCCCAGCCACCUUCUCCUCAGCCACCACCACCUCCAAAAAAAGAGGAAGAGAUAAAGCCCAUGCAACCUUUGAUUCCGCCAGAGCAAGAAGAGCAGUAUAGAAAACUUCAAGAGCAGGCCCAGAAACAUGCUAAGAAGCAGCUUCGUCGGCAACAGCAGCGUGAGAUGGGUGAGCCUGUAUCCUCAUCUUCUGACAGUGAAGAGGAAGUGGAGGCUGUGUCCGAUGCAACUGCUGAUUUGGAAGCGCAAAGAGAGCUUGCUGAGAUGGAGGCUGCAGCCUUAGCGGCUGGUGAGGACACAGGAGAUGAAGUUCACACUACUGUUUUGGCUCUGCCAGCAGCAGCACAGUCUCCCCUGCUGCAGCCUCACCCAGCCAUGCUCAUCUCUCCACAAACAAUGGCUCCAUCUCUGUCAUUGGGCGGCACACCACAUAUGUUGCACGCAGCUCCUGGCCACCCACAACUUCUUGUCCCAGCAUCCCAUGCACAGAUGAGUGUUGCUGCCUUGGCACAGCAUCAUGCACUACCCUUACAGACAGGAGCUCCCAUUAUGGCAUUCCCUCAUUCUGCUGCAUCACAUCCACAUCUUCAGGCCGCUCAUCUCAGUUCAGCAAUGCCAGGAACAGUGACCGUCAUGCCACACCCCCACCACCCUGGCCUGCAGAUUGCAGUGAGUCAUGCUCACACAGCACUUCAGAAUGCAGUAAUGAUGCAGGCACAGGCACAGGCUGCACAGCCUCAUGUGGUGGCCAUCAAUGCUGCCGGUCAACAGGUAAUAAUUCCAGCCCACAUGGCAGGAAUUCCAACUGCUGUUCCUCAAGCUUUCUUACAACCUAUUCAGCACGUGCAACACAUAUCUCCUGCCCAUGCUGUCUUUCAGCAUCCCUCAGGACACAUGGUCCUUAUGCCCCGAAUUCAGCGCCCUCAUGUCUGAUGAGGGAUGUAUACUCCAUUUUACCUAGAUUGUUAGCCUGUAGUCUGAGAAAGGGUCAUUGUCCCACUGCCAGAGAAACUGACAUUUAACCCUUCACAUCAGAGCCUCCAUCUGCAUGUGGACAUCAUGGUUGAUAAUGAGCAAUAACUUUGAUGUCAGGUGCUGUUACACAUCACCUGAAGGAGUGUGGCUUCACAUUCUGAGAUGUUAGUAACUGACAGUUUCUUUAUGUUGGCUGGUUGUGUGCUUGCUAACAAGUAUGUCUUAUGGAUGUUGGGCCUUUAAUUCUGUUCAUCUGAAAUGCAGAUUGUAAUCAUUUGCUUUUAUUAUUAGACAUUUACAGGGCUUCUGCUUACGCAAAAAAUUGCGUACAGUACGCAUUAAAAGUUCGGAGGACCCCUUCAAUUUUCGUCAAUGGGGUCCCAUUCAAAUUUGGGCGAAGAACAGGGACCCCUUAAAAAUUUGAAGAAGGGGUCCCUGGGACCCCAAAGAAUUUAGCCUUAGCAGAAGCCCUGAUUUAGUUUGUCUUCAGAUGUCUAAUGAGGAUUGUAUCAUGGAGCAUGUUGAAACAAGUAUUGAGAUAUUGUGAAAAAGGGUAAGAAGUCCCAUGUUUCUUGAAUUGUUAAAAUUAUGAUUUUGUGCUUGUGUGAAUAUUUAGACUUUUCUUUUUUUCUAUAAUCUAGUCAGGAAAUGUUCUGAGCACUUACGGAUGACUUAUGCUAUCUUAAGGUCUGCCUGGAGACAGUUAAUUUAUGUUUGCAUGAUCAGUACUUGUGAAGUGUAGCAUGAGAAGCAGUCUGUCAACCCCUGAGGCAAGUACUGUUCUCAUGUGGGAACAUUCCAGGACUGUGAUAUCACAGUUGAUUCUUAAUCAGUAUUGCUAAACUGAGAGACAGAAACAGACCUGUGUGGUUGUUUUCGUGGACUUGAUGCAUGCAACAACUCUCAAAUUAGUGUAAAUGACAUAGCCAAGGAAGAGUCACUAGAGAUAUUUUUGUUAACCAAUAGCUUGUGAAGUUGAGAGAGGGGUGCAGAAAUAAGCAGAAAAUGAGAGUAAACACAGUAAUGGUGAGAUAUAAUAAAUUAUGUCUUUCGCAUUUGCAAAGACAGAAAUGAACACCCACAUUUGGUGUCAUUGCAAUUAUUAUCUGCAGCCAUCCCUUGAGGGCAUGUUGUUUUGUCUAAAAGCCAUCUUUUAUCCUUUGCUUUUUCUUCAUCACUUGACAUGAACUCCAGUCUUCCUAGCUGUUAAAAACAAACGCUGAAAAAGAUGUAUAACGAAAGUAAAGACCUUCUGAUUAUGUGGAAAAAUCUGUAACUGUGAAAUAAUUUUGCCUUGAAAAAAGAACUAAAUCACUGGUAAAGAAGUUAUUACAAAAAUGUUUGUGUGAUCAUUCAAGAUCAAGAAAUUUUUUGUGUGAAUUUGACACCAAAUAAAAUAUUGGUGUUUAAUGGAAGUACAUUGAUGUAUUUAGACUGUCCUAAUGGAAGUCUGAAAAUGAUUACAGUUGUAAAAAGCAGUAGUGGAAUGUCACAUAAUCUGAUGUAGGUGUCUGUUUUUUUUAAUUCUGGACAUGCAUCCAAAAAAAGUGGGCCAUUCUUUCUACCUGUAACAUGGCUUUGAAAAUGGGAUGCUAUUUGAGUGUAAAUUCUUGUAUGACAUGGUGCAAGCUCUUAGUGUGUGCAUGAUAUUUGUAUAUCUCCUUAAAGAGUGAUAAACGCUUUAAAUGCUCUUUUUGUGUUAGAUACAGCUAGACAAUCACAUAAGUUCCAAACUGAUGGGUGUGGUGGGUUUUGCAAGUCUGGCUGUAAAAGUGCCUUUAUGUAACACUGGAAUUGAUACUGUUUUUCACAGAUCUCAUAGUCUGUUAUUAGCAUACCCAUGUGAAAGGAGGUUUUAUUUUCACAGACGUGCAUGCAUAUGUUGAAAACCAUUUUUAAACAUCUUAGUUUGAAGUUUUCUUCCGUCUGGAAAGAUGUUUUAAUUUGUACUGUGUAGGCAUCUUGUGAAUUAUUUGAAGCACAGGCAGACAUUAAAUAUGGCUGAUUGGGUAGUAAUCAUGGAAAUAAAAGGUUCCCGUAGACAGAGGAAUUUAGAUAGUAGGAGUAGGAGGAGAUAAAAUAAAGUGUUGUGAAUAGACUAUAUUACAAGGAUGGUGCUAAAACCACUCCUAAGAGGACAUUCUUGUUGUUUUUGCUGUCCUUAUAUAUGAGGUGUUUUGGGUUCAGAGGAAGGUGAUUAUGGGUGGUAUGGAUUGCUCAGAAUAUUGUGGAUUUUAUCUCUUAUUAUGUGUGUUGUUUGCAUUUAGUUUUUAAAGAGCAGGUUUCAUCUGCAACCUCUCCUAUAAGGUGUGGUGCAGGACCAAGUGAAACAUUAUCUUCUAUACCUUGAUAAUUUAUUUCUUCCCUCAAAUUGUUUUUUGAAUGUACAUUACAUGUUAGUGUAAAUAUAUAUAUAAUUAAAGACUAACAGUUUGGACGUGCUUUAGCUUAGCAGUCAAAGCUGGACACAAAUUUCUAUAAAUAAUUCUUAGUUGUCUGUUUUGGGUUUUCCAUUGUUUGCUUCAGUUUUUCUUGUACUGCUUGCCCUCACCUUUCAAUCUAUACUGGGUGGUAUUUGUUGUUGAUAUCGUUGCCCAUUAAAGUGGGAUUGCUUAAAGUUACCUUGAUCACUGUGAAACCCAGUUUUGUCCUUGGUUAAGGCCAGCAUGAACCUUGUUUACUGACCUGACCAUAGCUUUCAGUCUGUAACCAGUACGAUGGUGAAGCACCAUUCCCACUUCACCGUAACCCAUUGCCCCCAUCCCCCCCAAAAAAAAAAGAUUUGCCUUGGAUGUACAAAAUGGUUCCUAAGAAAUACCCAGAUGCCAUUAUGUCUAAAGUAGAUGUUUAGAAUGCCAUUGUGACUGCUCAUUAAUGUUUGUAUAAUAUCAUCUACUAUCUAAUGGUAUUCAUUUCACUGUGAUUGUUUUAGAUAUGCAUCCAUUGGAAUCAGAAUGCAUGUAUAUAGAGUUACAUGUCCUUUUAUCAUACUUUAUGGAGCCGAUGUAAGUAAAAUGCUGUUUUUAAAAGUUUGGUUUGCAUAUUAUGAGAACACGCACAAAGAGUGUGAUGCACUCUGAGUGCCUUGAUUGUUGACGUGUUCUGAAAAUUAAAAGACUAUCCUAAAAUCA